AUGUUCAGGAAGACAAAUGUUAUCUGCUGCGGCGGUCUGCAGGUCUUGACUGCUUACCCUCCAGCUCCGCGAGCAUCUCCGUCGCGGCCAACUGUGCGGGCAGGACCAUGUCGUGCUCGAGGCCGAUUGUAUGCCACCGUUCAGGAUUCUUCGGAUGCUGAUCUGUCAUGGCCGAGCACUCCGAGCUUCACUCCCUAUGAUAUUUUCAAGCAAGACAGGAGUGCGCCGUACUCGAAACGACGGUACUACGAUUUGGUCAAGAUCUACCACCCCGACCGGCGAGGCGACGACCAUCCCUUAUGCAAGGAUAUUACUCGUGAAGUCCGUCUUCAACGGUAUCGACUCAUUGUGUCUGCCCAUGAGAUCCUCUCCGAUCCCUCGAAACGAGCCGCCUACGAUCAGUUCGGAAUCGGAUGGCACGACCACCCUGAUAACAAAAUGCCGCCGCCGCGGUACCAGCCGGCAAUGAACAUGGAUGACCCGAUUUUUGCCAAUGCGACGUGGGAAGACUGGCAACGAUGGUAUAAUCGCGAUAGCCCAAAGCAACGGACAAUCGUGGACCACCGGACCUUUGCGACGUUCGUUAUCCUCCUGGCCAUGUUCGGGGCUGCCGUGCAGGCAUCCUGGCUGGGCCAAUUCACUAUGGGAUUUGACGAGAAGGUCCGCGAUAUGAACGAACAGUCCAUGCGUUUCCUGGCUGGACGGCGACAGCAGACUCAGAACCAGAUGAAGUCGACGGAGGCUAGGGUUCAGAAUUUCUUGAUAAGGCGGGAUCCUUCGGGUCAUGGCCUCAAGGAGGGCGAACAAGAGGUCUACCAAAAGGUCCUGGAUCCACGGAACCGCGCACCUUUGAAAGAGGUUGAACAGUUGGGCCCCGGUCAGGAUCCGGGGAAGAAAGACGAGACGACUGAACGAUGAUAUUGCUUGUUUUAGUUCUCUACUAUGGCGUCACUCGGGAUGCGUUUGAUUCUUUGGAUUAUACAAGGCGAACAGGCGUAGUAGACUCUCCUUUCACUAUUUU